AUGCCGCGGGGACAGGGGCCGCCGCUCGCAGCCCCCUCCCCGCACGGUCAUGGCGGGCCCCGGCCGCCCCCUGCUCCCGCCCCCGCCCCCGCCCGACUCGCUUUCUGCCUUUGCCUGGGUCUUUGCAUCGGGGGCCUCUCUGCCUCCCCAGACCUGGGCUGCCAACCCUGCGGGCUCGAUUGCAACUGCACACCGGGGCCCGGCGGUGCCUGCAGCGUCAACUGCUCUGGCCGUGGUUUGCGAGGGCUUGGGCCCGAGCUGCCCAUCCCGCCCGACGUGACUGCGCUGGACAUCUCGGACAACUUCAUCAACACGUUAGAGACCGAGUUCUUUGAAAACCUCUCAGCCUUGGCACAACUAGACAUCAGCAACAACAAGAUUUUGACGCUAGAAGAAGGAAUAUUUGCUAAUUUAUUUAAUUUAAGUGAAAUAAACUUGAGUUUGAAUCCAUUCAUCUGUGACUGCAACCUGUCAUGGUUACCCAGCUGGGUGGAUGAGCAGAAGGUCAGUGUGGUUCAACUGAGGGAGACUCGGUGUGCCGAGCCACCCCGCCUGGCAGAUGUCCCCAUCCUCAGUGUCUCCUUCUCUGAUGGCAUCUGUGACAUGGAGUACAUUGCCUGUGUCCAAGACAACAGCUCAAGCACUAUGACUGUGGUCUUCUUCUCUGCUGCCCUUGAUGGUGUGUUUGCCCGGAAUACCUGCAGCGCCUUCUGUUUUUCCUUUGGUCAGCAGUAUGGGGGUCUCUCAGAGGAGGGCCGCUGCUUCUGCGGUAUGGCACACUCCCCAAAUGCGUCCUCUGGCUGCCUCCUCUUCUGUCCCGGGCUCACAGCACCUCCUGCUGCAUGCAGGGUACCCUUUAUUCUCCACAACAUCUUCCCUGCCUCCCUAGAAGCCUCACUCUGGGGACCUGGGGGCCCCCAGCCUGCUGGCCACCCCGUGGUCUUCAACGUAAGCACCCUGCUGCCUGCCAACAACUUACGCUGGGACUUUGGCGAUGGGACCCCGCCAUUGAUCGCUGGCCCCACUGCAUCUCAUCGAUUUGUUCUCCCUGGCCACUACAAUGUGACAGCUCUUCUGACCUUGGAAGUAGGCACAGCCUUGCUGUGGACCGAGGUGCAGGUAGAGGCUGUGCCCACAGAACUAGAGCUGCUGUGCCCAACCUGGCUCCAAAGUAAUGAAAGCCUUGAAAUUGGUAUCCGGAACCGAGGAGGCACUGGACUCAGUGCCACCUACAGCAUCACGGCAGAGAGCGAGCAGCCUGCUCAAGUGGUCCACCCCCUGUGCCCCUCCAACACAGAUAUCUUCCCUGGGAAUGGUCACUGCUAUCGCUUGGUAGUGGAGAAGGCUGCAUGGCUCCAGGCGCAGAGGCACUGCCAUGCCUGGGGUGGGGGAGACCUGGCCAUUGUGGGCAGCCCUGAGAUCCAGCGCUUCCUGGUCUCCCAGGUCACCAGGAGCCUCGACGUAUGGAUUGGCUUCACGACCUUGUCAGGUCCAGGGGUGCCACCCCACGGAGAGGCCUUCAGCCUGGAGAGCUGUCAGAACUGGCUGCCUGGAGAGCCGCACCCCGCCAACGCCGAGCACUGCGUGCGCCUGGGCCCUGCUGGCCAGUGCAAUACCGACCUUUGUACGGCCACCCACAGCUAUGUGUGCGAGUUCCAGCCCACAGGGAUUGUGUCUAGUGCGGAAAAUUUCUUUGUGGGUGAUGCCAGCUCAGAUCUGCCAGGGCCCACGGUCCCUGUGGAGGAACAGGAUUUCCUCUCUGCCCCAGGACAUGAGACUGUGGAGGUGAUGAUUUUUCCUGGCCUAGAGAUACAACAGAAGGGUUUUCUCACUGCUGCUGAGUUUGAGACUCAGGACCUGAUACAGCCUGUACAAAUGAGGCUUCAGGUGUAUCGUCCUGUGGAAGGAGGUAUUCCAGAGAACACUAGCCAACCUUUAUGCUCAUCCUUGGACAACCAAACGUGGGUGCCCCUUGACUGCUUGGCUGGGGAGCACUGGUGUCCCUUGGCAAAUAUGUGCUUGCCCCUGGAUAGUCCUUGCAGCAUAUCACCGUGUGCUAAUGAUUCCUCCUCUGAACAGAACAACCAUUGGUCUACCUUCUACUCACUUUGGAGGGAGUUCUUGUUUUCUCUCCCAGCAGGCCCUUCCUCUCAGUAUUCAGCGAGCUUCCGCAGCAAGAAUAUCUCCUUGCUUCCUGGAGACCUCUUCAGUAUCCAGCAUGAUGCGGGUCCAGGCUCUCUGCUACGCUUUCUGCCCCGUCAUGAAGCACUUUCCCACCAACACUCGCAGCUCGAGUGUUUAAGUGCCAGUGCCUCGACUUGGCUGCCCAGCCUCCCCGCUCAUUUCUCUGAGGUGCUGACCCCCAAUGGCACUCCCUGUGCCCUGCAUCUGCUCUUCGCCGGAGAGCGGGUGACCCGUCUCCUUGGCCAGCCCUCUAACCCUGGGCUACAGCACCUCGGGCGCUAUGUGUUCCGAGCCUCCGUGGACAAUGGUGUGUCCAGCCACAACCUGUCCUGUAGCUUCCAGGUACUGUCUCCUGUGGUCGGACUCCGAGUCAUUCAUCCUCACCCCCAGGAUGGUCUAUUCUAUGUGUCUACCAACUGGACUUACCUAGUGCUGAAGAUCAGCUCAGGGGCCAACGCUACGGCGAGGCGGCUGGGCAGCAACCAGAGUGUGCCCUUUGAAGCCUCCUGCCCUCUGGGAGCGGCCCAGCUGACGGCAGACUGUACCCGAGAAACCAAUGACACCUGGUUUGCAUUACUUGAACUCGAAGGGCUUGGAGAGGAUGAAAGCCUGGUAGAGAUUGUAGCGGAGAACCGUGUGAGCCUUGAGAACAUCAGCAUUCAGGUGAAGGCUGAGGAGCCUAUCCGGGGACUUAGUGCCACCCCAAACCCACAGACCCGGGUCUUGCAGAGCACCCUGGUGAGAUACAGCCCCGUAGUGGAUGCUGGCUCCGACGUCGUCUUUAAGUGGACAAUAGAUGACAAGCAGUCUCUGACCUUCUACAACGUAGUCUUCAACGUUAUCUACCAGAGUGCUGCUGUCUUUAAACUCUCGCUGACAGCCUCCAACCAUGUGAGUAAUGUCACCGUGAACUACAAUGUCACAGUGGAGAAGAUGAAUAAGAUGAGAGACCUGGUGGUGUCAGAGGUUCCAGCCAUCAUUCCCCAGAACACCACGCUGCAGCUUGGUGCUAGCGUCCAAGUGGACUCGGCUGUGGAAGUAACUUUCCUGUGGACAUUUGGGGAUGGGGAGCAGGAGAGUGGACAUUUCAAGCCCCCAUACAAUGAGUCUUUUCUGGUUCCUGAUCCUGGAGUCCAUCAAGUGCUAAUUGAACACAAUGUCACGCAUACCUACCAUGUCCCAGGUGACUAUAACGUCACAGUGUUUGUGUACAACACCUUGGAGAACCUGACCCAACAGGUGCCUCUGAGUGUCCGUGCUUCCUUGCCCCAUGUCACUGUGGAGACAGACAGUGGGGCUCUCGGGGUUGGCCACCCCAUCACCUUUGUGCCACAUCCACUGCCCUCUCCUACUGGCAUCCUGUACACGUGGGACUUUGGGGAUGGCUCCCCAGUGGUGCUGCAGAACCAGCCAGCAGCCACCCAUACCUAUGCGAGCAGAGGAGUAUAUAACAUCAGCCUGACGGUCAACAACACCGUGAGCAGUGUCGGGGCGCACCUCUCUGUCCGAGUGUUUGAGGAGAUUCGGGGUCUGCGAGUGACUUCAACCGCAGCCACAGAAAAGGGCAUGGCUGUGGUCGUCAAUGCUUCCGUGGAAGCUGGGGACAAUAUCACGUGGACCUUCGAUAUGGGAGAUGGCACCGUCUUGACGGGCCCAGAGGCCUCUGUGCAGUAUGUCUACUUAAAGGAAGAGAACUGCACCAUCAAAGUGACCGCGGCCAACCCCGUCAGCUCCGUCUUCCAGCUCCUGCCCAUCCACGUUUUUGUCCUAGAAGUGCUGAAGAUCGAGCCUUCGUCCUGCAUCCCGGAGCAGCCGGAGGUCCAGUUGACGGCCCAUGUGACUGGGGACUAUACCCAUUAUGUCUUCGACUGGACUUUUGGGGAUGGCUCGUCUAAUGCCACCGUUCACGGCCAUCCCACAGUGAUGCACAAUUUCACCCGAAGUGGGGUUUUCCCCCUCUCGCUGGUCUUGUCCAGCCUUGUCAACAAGGCCCAUUACUUCACCAGUGUCUGUGUGGAACCCGAGGUCAGCAACAUCACUCUGCGGCCCGAAAGACAAUUCGUGAAGCUCGGAGAGGGGGCCACGCUUGAGGUUCAAGCCUUCCCCCCGUUUUUCUACCACUACUCUUGGGAUUUUGGGGCCAAUGACUCCGCCCGCUCAGGAGGCACCGAGGUGAGCUACACUUACAGAGUGCCUGGAAUCUACCUGGUCACAGUGACGGUGUCCAACAACGUCUCUUCGGACAAUGAUACCGCCUUCGUGGAGGUGCAAGAACCCAUGGGCAUCACCAGCAUCGAGGUCAACAGCUCUCACGUGUUAGAGCUGGACCAGCCCUACCUGUUCUCGGUUCUGGGCCCCGGGAGCCCGGCUAGCUACAGCUGGGACCUGGGGGAUGGCCGGAGGCAGGAGGGCCUGCGCGUCGUCCAUGCCUACAACCACACGGGCAGCUACACCAUCAGCGUGCUGGGAUGGAAUGAGGUGAGUCGCAGCGAAGCCCGGCUCAACGUCACGGUCAAGAGGCGGGUCCAGGGCCUGAGCGUCAACGCCAGCAGGACGGUGGUACCGCUGAACGGCUCGGUGAGCUUCACUACCACGCUGGAGGCAGGGAGCGACGUGCACUAUUCCUGGGUCCUGUGUGACCGAUGCACCCCCAUCCUAGGCUCCUCCACCAUAUCUUACACUUUCCGCUCGGUGGGGACCUUCAACAUCAUCGUCACUGCGGAGAACGAAGUCAGCUCCCUUCAAGACAGCAUCUUCAUUUACGUGCUGCAGCAGAUCGAGGGGCUGCAGAUGCUGGGCGAGGGCGAGGGAGGCUGCUUCCCUACCAAUCGCACCCUGCAGCUUCAGGCAGCGGUGAGAGACGGCACCAACGUCUCGUACAGCUGGACGGUGCAGCAGGAGAGCGGCCUCAUCCAUGCUGCCCACGGCAAGGUCUUCUCGCUGACUGUCCUCGAGGCUGGCCCUUACCACGUCCAGCUAAAAGCCGUCAACAUGCUGGGGAGUGCCGUAGUCAACAGGACGCUCGAGUUUGUGGAGGACGUGGGGCGGCUGGCAGCGUCUGCCUCCCCCAAUCCUGCUGCUGUUAACACGUCUGUCAACAUCAGUGCCGAGACAUCCAGUGGCACCAGCCUCACCUACGGCUGGCUCCUGCCGGAGGGAGUAUCCGUGGAGGCCGCAGAACCGUUCAUCGUCCAUUCCUUCUCCAGCCCCGGGCUGUGGGCAGUCACUGUCACAGCCAAGAACCAACUUGGCUCCGUUAAUGCUACCAUCCACGUGGACGUGCAGGAGCCUGUGGCCGGCCUCACUGUUGGGUGCGGGGAGUUGGGCAGCAGCUUUGUGGCCUCGGGCUCUCUCGUUUCCUUCUGGGGGGAUCUGGAGCAUGGGAGCAAUGUAAGCUGGUCCUGGGAGCUGCCGGACGGCACUAGGAGUGGACAGAGAAUAGCAGUGGUCUUUCCCAACGCCGGUACCUUCUCCGUCCGGCUUAACGCCUCCAAUGCUGUCAGCUGGACUCUAGCCAGCUGUAACAUCACUGUGGAGGACCCCAUCCAGGGCCUCGAGCUCUGGGCAAGCAGCAGGGUGGUAGAACCAGGGGAAAGGGUCCAGUUUAACAUCCACUUGGCCUCGGGCUCCGAUGUAAAUUACCGUCUCCUGAUCAGUGGGGGAGUCACCAUCGCUUUGGGGGAGCCUCACUUCUCCCAUAGUUUCCCUAGAGUGGGUGACUACAUGGUGACUGUGCAGGCAGAGAAUCACGUGAGCUGGGAGCAGGUCCAGGUGCGAAUCUCUGUCCUGGAAGCCAUUGGGGGGCUACAGAUUGUGGGCUGCUGUGAGCUAGGUAUACCCACAGGUGGGGAGAGAAAUUUCACAGCCCGGGUACAGAGGGGGUCCCGAGUCUCGUACGCCUGGUAUUUCUCCCUGCAGAAGGUUCAGGGUGACUCUCUGGUCAUCCUCUCCGGCCGAGAGGUGACUUACACCCCUGUGGCAGCCGGUCAGCUCGAGAUUCACCUCCAUGCCUUCAAUGACCUGGGCAGUGUCAACCUCACCAGGACCACUGAGGUUCAGGACCUCAUCCAGGCUGUGGAGCUCCAUCCUGAAAGCUGCUUCACAAACCGAUCGGCACAAUUUGAGGCGGCCACAACACCCAGCCCCCGGCGUGUGUUCUAUCAGUGGGAUUUUGGAGAUGGGUCCCAGACCCAAGUGACCGCCACACCGCUGUCCAACCACACGUACCUCUUCCCUGGGGACUACAACAUAAAGGUCAACGCCUCCAACUUGGUUAGUUUCUUGGUGGCCAAGACCACGGUGACGGUACGUGUGCUGGAGUGUGAGGAACCCGAGGUGGAAGUGGCCCUGCCCACGCAGGUAGUGAUGUGCAGGUCUCAGCGCAGCUACCUGGAGGCACACAUCAACUUACGGGGCUGCGUCACCUACCAAACCGAGUACCACUGGAAGGUGUACCGGGCAGCCAGCUGUUUACACUACCGGCGCUCGGCCCACGUGCCGCUGCCCGGGGUGGAUGUGAGCCGGCCCCAGCUGGUUGUGCCACGGCUGGCCCUGGCCGUGGGGGACUACUGCUUUGUAUUCGUGGUAUCCUUCGGGGAUACCCCCCUCUCACGCAGCAUUCAGGCCAACGUGACGGUGACACCAGGCCGGCUUGUUCCCAUCAUCGAUGGCGGCUCCUACAGAGUCUGGUCCAACACGAGGGACCUAGUGCUUGAUGGUGGCAAGUCUUAUGACCCCAACCUGGAAGACGGUGACCAGACCCUCCUCAGCUUCCACUGGGCCUGCGUCUCUUCCUCCAAGAGUCAUCCUGGAGGGUGUCCCUUAAACUUUGGCCCCCGGGGAAGCAGCAUGAUCACCAUUCCCAAGGAGCGGCUUGAAGCUGGCGUCGAAUAUACAUUCAACCUGACAGUCUGGAAGGCAGGGAGAAAGGAAGAGGUGACCAAUCAGACGGUGCUGAUCAGGAAUGGUUUAGUGCCCAUUGUGUCCCUGGAAUGUGUUUCCUGCAAAGCACAAUCAGUGUAUGAAGUCAGCAAGAGUUCCUACGUCUACCUGGAGGGGACCUGCCACAACUGCAGUAGUGGCUCUAAGCGAGGGCGAUGGGCAGCCCAGACAUUCAGCAACAAAUCCCUAGUACUGGAUGAGUCAACAACGUCAACUGGCAGCUCAGGCAUGCGGCUGGUUCUGAGGCGAGGCGUACUUCGUGAUGGCGAGGGCUACACUUUCACCCUGACCGUGUUGGGCUGCUCUGGGGAGGAAGAAGGUUUUGCUUCCAUUGACUUGUUCCCCAACCGCCCUCCUAUUGGGGGCUCUUGCCGCCUCUUCCCCCAUGAGGCUGUCAAGGCUCUCACCACCAAGGUCCACUUUGAGUGCACAGGCUGGCGGGACACAGAGGAUGAAAAUGCUCCACUGGUGUAUUCCCUGCUUAUGCGGCGCUGCCGUCAAGGCUACUGUGAGGAAUUCUGCAUCUACAAAGGCAGUCUCUCUGCAUAUGGAGCUGUGUUGCCUCCCGGCUUUAAGACCCACUUCACUGUGGAUCUCUCUGUAGUCGUGCAGGACCAGUUAGGUGCUGCCGUGGUAGCCCUGAACAAGUCUCUACUUAUUACCUUACCCGAGCCUUCUCCCAGCUUCCACUGUCUUACCCACUGGCUGUACAGUCUGACUGAGACAGUCCUGCCAGGGCUGGUGAAACAGGCCGACCCCCAGCAUGUCAUCGAGUACUCAUUGGCUCUCAUCUCUGUCCUCAAUGAGUAUGAACAGGUAACAUCCUCAGAGGAAGAGGCCAGCCACGAGAGGCAACUCCGGGUGCUGAUGCGAAAAAACAUCACAGAGAUCCUUGUUUCCCUUCGUGUCAACACCGUGGAUGAUAUUCAGCAGAUCUCAGCUGCCCUAGCACAGUGCACGGUAGCAAGUAAGGAGUUUGUGUGCCACUCUUGCCUCAGAAAAACCCUGAACAAGCUGGAGAACAUGAUGGCCAUCCUGCAAAAUGAGACCACACAAGGCACAGUGACCCCCACAGCCAUUGCUGACAACAUCCUCAACAUCACUGGUGACCUCAUUCACCUGGUGAACUCAGAUACCCAGAGCCUAGAGCCUACAGAGCUGUGCAGCAAACCCCUCACCCUCCUGGUGGCCUCCCGAGCUUAUAACCUGUCAUCGGACCUGAUGAGAAUCCUCAUGAAGUCUCGAGUGCUGAAUGAAGAACCGCUGACCCUGGCGGGGGAAGAGAUUGUGGCUCGAGGCAAACGUUCGGACCCCUUCAGCCUGCUGUGCUAUGAGAACACUUCUGACUGCCAGUUUUCCAUCCCACCUGCUUUCAACAGUACCUUCUCUGAUGUCACUGACGUCAUUCAGCUCAUUUUCCUCGUGGACUCCAACCCCUUCCCCUUUGGCUACAUCAGCAACUACACAGUCUCUACCAAAGUGGCCUCCAUGGCCUUCCAGACACAGGCAGGGGCCCAAAUCCCAAUAGAGCGGCUGGGAUCCGAGAAGGCCAUCACCGUCAAGGUGUCUAACAACACGAGUGGAGGAGGCGGUGGGGACCGCGUCCUCUCCGCCAGCACUGCCAUCAUCCAACCGCGCACAUCUGUCAGCGCCAUCAUUGCCCCCGAAAACCACAACCCUGAGGCCGGCCUGCACUUCCAGCUUACCUACACUGUACUGAAUGAGCGAUACUUGUCCGAGGAGCCCGAACCCUUCCUUGCUGUCUAUCUGCACUCGGCCCCACAGCCCAAUGAGUACAACUGCACAGCCAGCAAGAAGAUUGGACUGAAGGCACUGGCCGGAGGGGACCACAGGCCUUAUACCUUCUUCAUCUCUCCAGGAACGGAUGACACAACAGCAAGUUACUACCUGAAUAUGACCAGCCAUUUUCAUUGGUCCGAGGUGGAAGUGACGGUGGGUCUUUACACAUCACUGUGCCAGUACUUCAGUGAGAAGGAGAUGAUGUGGAAGACAGAGGGCAUCGUGCCCCUAGAAGAGACCUCCCCCAGCCAGGCGGUCUGUCUGACGCGCCACCUCACAGCCUUUGGUGCUAGUCUCUUUGUUCCCCCCAGCUCCAUCCAAUUCAUCUUUCCCGAGCCUGCCCCAGGCAUCAACUAUAUUGUACUCCUGACUUGCGCCGUGUGCCUGGCCACCUAUGUAGUGACAGCUCUGAUUGUCCACAAGCUGGACCUGAUGGACGUCAGCCGAGUGAGCAUCAUCCCCUUUUGUGGGAAGAAUGGUCGCUUCAAGUAUGAGAUUCUUGUGAAGACUGGCUGGGGCCAGGGCUCAGGCACAACAGCCCACGUGGGCAUCACCCUCUACGGGGCAGAUGGCCGAAGUGGACACCGGCAUCUGGAUGGAGAGAGUGCUUUUCAUCGCAACAGUCUGGACAUCUUCCAGAUUGCCACACAGCGCAGCCUUGGGAGUGUGUGGAAGAUCCGAGUGUGGCAUGACAAUAAAGGGCUCAGCCCGGCCUGGUUCCUACAACACAUCAUUGUCCGGGAUUUACAGACUGGCCGAAGUGCCUUCUUCUUGGUGAAUGAUUGGUUGUCGGUGGAGACUGAGGACAACGGGGGCCUGGUGGAGAAGGAAGUCCUAGCAGCAAGUGAUGCCACCCUACGCAGGUUCCCACGGCUGCUGACGGCAGAACUACAGCGAGGCUUUUUUGAGAAGCACAUCUGGCUGUCACUGUGGGACCGCCCCCCACGAAGCCGCUUCACUCGGGUCCAGCGGGCUACUUGCUGCGCCCUCCUGAUCUGCCUCUUCCUGGGUGCCAAUGCUGUGUGGUACGGAGUUGUGGGAGAUGUCGAUCACAGCAAUGUGCCCAUGUCCAGUCUGAUCCCACUAAGUGUGGACACGGUGGCCGUUGGCCUGGUGUCCAGUGUGGUUGUCUACCCUCUCUACCUAGUUAUCCUGUUUCUCUUCCGUAUGUCCCGGAGCAAGGUAUCAGUAAGCCCUGACCGUAGCCCUGCAGGGCAGCAGAUGCUGGACAUCGAUAACUAUCUGGAGACAUCAGUUCUAGACAGCUCCUUCCUCACUUUGUCUGGACUCCAUGCUGAGGCAUUUUCUGGACAAACUAAAACAGAUUUGUUUCUGGAUGAUUCUAAAAGCCUGAUGCAUUGGCAGUCCAGUGAUGGCACUCUUAGCUGGCCAGACCUACUCAGUGACCCUUCCAUCAUGGGUAACACCCUUCAGAGGCUGGUGCGGGCCCGGGCUGGGAACCCUCAGGGUCUGGAGACCAUGGAAGAAGAUGGUCUCUCCCUGGGAAGCCCCCCUUCCCAGACCAAGUACUUCUCCACCUCAGAUGAAGAUCUUAUCCGACAGAUACUCGCCGAGGGGGCUAGCAGCAUUGCCCCUGCUAGAGAUACCCACCUGGAGACUGACCUCCUCACAGGCCUGUCUGGUACUCUGGGGGCAAAAACGGAAGCUCUGAUGCUACAGAGGCUGAAUGAGAAGGGAUUGCCCUCUGUGGCCCCCACCCAGGAACUGGUCCAGUCAGCAAAGUUCACCCGGGGAGGGCUAGCGGAGGGUCUGCGGAAGCGGCUACUUCCUCCAUGGUGUGCGCCCCUCGCCCACGGGCUCAGCCUCUUGCUCGUGCUGGUGGCCGUGGGCAUCUCGGGCUGGAUCGGCACCAACUUCACAUCCAGCGUUGGCGUCAUGUGGCUCAUCUCGGGCAUCUUCAGCUUCCUGUCUUCAUUCCUGUUCUGGGAACCUCUCAAGGUCCUGCUGGAAGCCCUCUACUUCUCUCUAGUGGCCAAGCGGCUCCAUCCGGAGGAGGACGACACCCUGGUGGAGUGUCCAGCCGUGGAGCCUGUGUGUGAACGGAUCCCCCGCGUGCGGCCCCCCCAGGGCUUUGCCCUCUUUCAGGCCAAGGAGGAGGCUCGGAAAGUCAAGCUCUUGCACAGGAUGCUCAAGAACUUUCUGGUGUACAUGCUGUUCCUGCUGGUGACCCUCCUCACCAACUACGGAGAUGCCUCGAGCCAUGCCCACGCCUACCGCCUGCAGAGCUCCAUCAAGCAGGAGCUGGACAGCAAGGCCUUCCUGGGGAUCACCAGGUCAGAUGAAUUCUGGGGGUGGAUGUCCCGCGUGCUGCUCCCCUACGUCCACGGGAACCAGUCUGCCCUGGAGCUCGGGCCUCCGCGUCUGCGGCAAGUUCGGCUGCAGGAGGCGCUCUGCCCAGAUGCUCGGGGAGCCAUGAGGAGGGUGUGCGAGACAUCCAGCAGCUUCAGCACCAAGGAUUACGAGGUUGGCUGGGAAAGCAGCUCCCUCAAUGGGACGCGGAAAUGGGCCUACUCGGCGCCGGACUUGGCAGGGGUCUGGUACUGGGGCUAUUUCUCCGUCUAUGACAGUGGGGGCUACGUCCAGGAACUGGGGGUCAGCCUGGAGGAGAGUCGAGAGUUGCUGGGCUUCCUGCAGCGGCAUAAUUGGAUCGACAACAUGAGCCGAGCCAUAUUCGUGGAGCUCACUCAAUACAGCCCAGCCGUAGGGCUCCAUGCGGCGAUCACUCUGCGCCUCGAGUUCCCGGUGUCAGGACGGGCCUUGACGGCCAUCAGUGUGCGGCCCUUCCCUCUGCAGCGGCUCAGUGCAGGCGUCACCCUGCAGCUGCUGAUGAUGGUGUUUCUGAUGCUCUUUGUCGUGUACUUCGUGGUGGCUGAAGCCCUGGCCAUGCAGAAGGAGGGCCAGGCGUACCUGGUCCGUGCAGGGGCUUGGGGCCAGUGGCUGCUCAUCCUCCUGACCACGGCCACCGUGCUCAUCCACCUGAGCCAGCUGAGCCUGGCCGACCAGCAGUGGGGCCGCUACCUGAAACGCCGGCCCCGCCACUUCACCAGCUUCUACCAAGUGGCUCAGCUCAGCUCGGCCUUCGCCAGCCUGGCCGCAUCCCUGCUUUUCCUUCUGAUGAUCAAGGCCGCCCAGCAACUGCGCUUCAUCCGUCAAUGGUCAGUGUUUGGGAAAACUCUGUACCGCUCCAUGAGAGAGUUGGUGGCAGCUGGCCUGGCCCUGCUGGUGUUGGCAGUAGCCUAUACCCAGUUAGGCUUCAUGCUGUUCUCCUCCUGCUCCGACUCCCUUCGAAGCAUGGGUUGGGACCUCUUCCUGCUAUGCCCGGCGGGUGGGGACCCCCAUGUGUGCCCCUCGGAGCCUUGGCGCCUGUCGCCAUUGCUGUGUACCAGCCUCAUGGUGCUGCAGCUGUGGGGGGCUCUGCGGCUGGGAGCCGUCGUGCUCCGGAGGCGCUACCAUGCCCUUCGGGGAGAGCUGUACCGGCCAGCCUGGGAGCCCCAGGAUUACGAGAUGGUGGAGCUGUUUCUGCGGCGCCUUCGCCUCUGGAUGGGUUUCAGCAAGGUCAAGGAGUUUCGACACAAGGUCCGGUUUGAGGGGAUGGAACCGUUGCCCUCACGCUCAUCGAGUGACUCCAAGUCAUCCCAGGAUGUGUCCCCACCAAGUGCUGGCUCAGACACCUCCCGCCCGUCCACUUCCUCCAGCCAGCUGGACGGGAUGAGCCUGCUGAUGGGCCGAGCAGGGGCCCGGGGAGACCCUGAGCCAGAGCCCUCUCGCCUCCUCUCGGUCUUUGAGGCUCUACUAGCCCAGUUUGACCGCCUUAACCAGGCCACAGAGGACGUGUAUCAGUUGGAACGGCGGCUGCAGGGGAUACAAGGUUGGAGAUCCAGGGGCCAUUUGGCCAGCCCACCCUGGGCCCCUGGACCUCCCAUCCCUUCGCCUCCCCCAGGCCCCCCCCCAGGGAACCAGACCACUCUGCCGGCCAGGAUUGCCCGGGCCAGCAGGGGGAUUGGCAUGGCAGCCACCCAGGCGUCUUCCAGCUCACCUCUUGUGAGGGCAUCAAAAAGGGCAAAGAACAGGAUCCACCCCAGCCUUACGUAGGUGGGUCCUGGCCAGGGUGGAGUAGGAACCCUUGCUCCUAUUGAGGGCUCCAGUUUGAAUCCCUAAUGUUGGACCACUUCCUGUGGCAUUUCCUUUGGUCUCCCUCCAACCCAGAGGUUCCUUUCCUUGGGAUGCAGGCUGUAGUUUGUCCCUGGCUGCAGCCCUCGACACCGGAAGCAGGGAUGCGUCUCAGUAUUAAGCUCUUACCCAGGGGUUCUAGCUUCCCCUCCCCCUCUACCCCCCAAUCGUGAUGUACUUGGGCCCAGGGGUUAUGGGGAAGGAAGGAAGGAAGGAAGGAAGGCACCCAGAGCCCUGGGUGGAGGGGCUCCAAAACUCAGCACUUUAACGGAGGCUUUCUUAACAGGCAGGGACCCAGGUGUUCCCAGCACUCCAGAAUAGGGCUGGGGCGAAGAACAGUAUUGGAUUUCUUUUUUAGGUCUACAAUUGAAAUAAGUGAGAACCAGAGGUGUGAGCAUCAUGUGUAGGGGAGGGGGGCUCACAGUGGCCACGGUGGUUCUAGGGGGAGAGAGGUCCCUUAGGAUGGAGGAAUAGGCUUUCCUUUCCUAAUCCUCAUGUGUCUGAAGUAGAACAUGCGGGAGGAGGGAGAGAGAGAGCAGAUGGAGGUUGGGGCCUAUGAGGGCUAAGGAUUCUGCCCCUCAUACCCUAAUUUAUUACCUGGGCCCUCAGGUACAGGUACAGCAGGGCUGUGCCUGCCCCACCUCCCGCAGCGGCAGGCACCUCCUCACACUAAGGGCACCAAAGCCUGCCUCCCCCACCCCUAAGUUAUUACCACCCCCUUACACUUCCAUUCCAGCCACUGGCUCACUAUGUGUAUGUAUAUUGUCAGUAAUUUAUAUGGGGUUAAAAUGUAUAUAUUUUUGUAUGUCGCUAUAUUUUCAUAGCACUGGGGUGGGGGGAGAGCUGUGGCACAUGUAGUUGAGCCUUCCCCCUCCCACCAGUUAUUUAAAGUGAUGUUCCUGAGGGCACAGCCCUCACUGAGUUUGCUGUAUAUAAAGUGUUAGUGGUGUGUGUGGAUGCCCCAGAGCUGGGGGCCCGAGGGGCUAGGUAGCUCCUGGGGCUCCAUGCCGGGGCUGUGGGCUCUCAGCGGGCUUAAGGCUGGGGUGAGGAGUAGCUCAGAGGCCAGAGGGGCAGGGCCCAGGUCAGUGAGCUGGGGUCAGGGUG